CGAGGCCUUGAACCCAUUUUAUGGACUCACUUCUUACUGAGCAGCCAUAAAAUAUUAAAAGUCAAACCUUAUAAAUAAGGAGGGGAAAGAGCUGUGCAUUUCUCAGCAGAAGCAGCCUCUGCAGAGACUCUUCCCAAGACCCCAGCUGGGCUCCUCUGAGAUGGCGCAGAGCAGCGGCCUUGCAGUCCUUGCCGUUUGCUUUUUGGCACGUGUAGCCACAGGUUUGGAACUGUCUGUCAAUGACCACACUGCUGACUUCUCCCUGUCCACAUCCCUUGACCGUUCCAUCUCCCUCUCCUGCCUUGUACAGAACAGCAGCCAGGAUGAGGAGCUGCUCUGGUACCGAGGAGAUGGGAAAGUGAAUCUGAAAGAUGGGAAUAAAGUGAACAUCAGUAACGUCUGCAUAUCCCCGGUCACCGUGUCUGACAACGGAGUCACCUUCACCUGCAGGCUGGCUCGGGACAGGUCUGUCCAGGUGUCUGUGACCCUGGAUGUCCAGUUUCGUCCCCAGCUGUCUGGAGAAGAGUCCCUCCAAGUCGAAGAAGACAAAGAUGUGACUCUGUCCUGCAAUUCCAAAUCCAACCCUCAAGCCCAAGCAACUUGGUAUAAGAACAACAACAUCCUGACCCUAGAGCAAAGCCGUUACACGCUGUACCAGACUAGCGAGGUCUUUCAGCUCCAGAUCACAAAAGCACAGAAGUCUGACAAUGGGACCUACACGUGCGUGCUGCAAUCUCAAUGGGGAGAGGACAGAAAGGAUUUCCACCUGACAGUUGAAGACAAAAGACCUGUUUUUCCCAAGGAGGCCGUUAUUGCUGCUGUCGUGGUGGUUGCACUCACGAUACUUUUUGGAAUUGUGGCUCGAAAAGAUAAAAUUUUUAAGUGCUUCAAAAGAUCAAGCGAAACAGCACUGUAAAGACCACAACGUUCCUGUGCAUGCCCAGAAAACAUCAUUUCUAGCAGUGGAAGAUAAGCCCUUUGUGGGAGAUGAUGACACAAAGCACUGAAACAUGUUUGUUUGGGUCAAGUUUCUACAGUCUUUUCA